AGAAUCCAUCCGCGAGAGUGUGAAUUGAUGCGAUUCGGUUGUUUUCCAAAGAUCGCACGAAAGAUCCAAAUUGUAAACAAAAUAAUCAUUCCGAAAGAAGAUUAUUUCGUGCAUUGUUAGAAAAAGAAUAGCUUAUAGGUAUUUAAAAUGGAAAAGAUAAAUCUCAAUCUAUCCAACCGACCGAAGCUGAGUAUUCUCGACAAACCGCUGAGUCGAGGCAAGGGGGAAGUAUCGCUGAGCUGCUAUGCGUUACUGUUCUCGGAAGUCGUGCAAUACUCCCAAACUCGGGUCAACACCAUCCCGGAUUUACAAAACAAGUUACAUGAUUUGGGUAAAGAUGUAGGCUGUCGAAUCAUUGAUCUCUACUUUGUUCGAGAACGAAAUUCCAAACGAGAAACCAAACUUAUCAACAUGUUGCUUUUCAUCAAAACAACACUUUGGAAGACUCUCUUUGGCAAGGAAGCGGACAAACUGGAGCACGCUACCGAUGACGAAUGCACAUACUACAUCAUCGAGAAGGAACCGUUAGUGAAUAAGUUCAUCAGCGUGCCAAAAGAUAAGGGUUCGCUAAAUUGUGCUGUUUUUGUGGCUGGAAUCAUCCAGGCCGUGCUUUCCAACUGCGGUUUCACAUGUCAGGUAUCCGCCCAUUGGCACAAAGGAACGACUUAUAUGGUCAAAUUCGAGGAUCACGUUAUCACCCGAGAUAAACAAUUGGAGGAGAAAUAAAAAAUUCAAACUGUUAUCGCUAAACAACUAAAAUUGGAGAACUUCAGCAAACGUUUAUUCAUCCGAAAGCUUUUCCCGUAGCCGGGUGAAUUAUGUUCAAAUGUUUAGAUAAAUUUGAAACGGCGAUCCUUGUACGCGACCUGUCCUGUGCGGUAUUGAUGUUCCCGUCCGUCCCGUUCAUUCUUCAUCAUCCAUGAGUAAACCACGAUCGGAAUCACCGUCAUCAACAUACCGAUCUUGAAAGUUUUCCCCGUUGGCUUGAAGUGCUCGAAGUGACUAACACGCAUGGCCUGGAAACGUGCGAUACCAGCAUCGAACUGAAACGAGAUAUUCAAGCCAGCGGAUUAGCGUUACGACGGAUUGUUUUGAUAUCUGCAGAGCUCUACACAUGAUGACAUAACAAGGGCCUUUUCGAAAAGGAAAACAAAAUACAUACCACUCCGGUGCUUUCACCGUGCAGAUGGGCAUGCGGAUUGGUCAUCGUGCGCCAGUACUCAUUGCGGAGGGCAGCACGGCGAGCCGCCUUUUCCUGCUGUAUCUGUUCCUGGGUCACCAUCGCGGAUUACGGAAUUAUUUCCGACACAGCGCUGCAAUCUUCAGACAAUACGCCGUAGCCGGACGUGAUUUGAUUUCGAUGUUGCUCAAA